AUGGCCACCACAAGGACCGACUUUUCUACUCCUGACAUCCCCAUGUCUGAAGCCACCUUUUACGUCUCGGCUUGCACACGCAUCAACGCGCCCGCCAGCUUAGUAUUUCGCACGCUGCGAAACACUGAGACAUGGCGAGACUGGAAUCGGUGGAUACCGCGGGUAACAAUCACGUUCCAGCCUGAGGAAGAAGACGACGCCACACUGGCGGAGAUUGAAGAACUCGUCCGUAACACAUCCAUCGCAGUGAGUUUCGAUUCGGACAUCACAGAUGGAGCGGUCGGGCCGCCCAGCCCAGCCCCCAGGAGAAGCAGCCGCCUACCCAGCGGCAUUGGCGCUGAAACUGGCUCACCCCCCAGUAGUAGAGGUGAUACCGGACGGACCAGCUCAGAAGGCUUCAGUCCCCUCCCAGUGACUCGUCAACGCCUUGCCAGUAACGCGGGCAGAGCAUCGGAGGAGUCCAACGGUGAAAGGCCUCGCUCAAACGCCACCAACGGCCUGUCCGGCGCACAAAAGUAUCAAGCUGCACAAGAAACGCGGAAAUCAUCUAUUGCAUCGGGUAAAGAACCUGCUACGGCCAACAGUGCCGUCAUGCUCGAAUCUCCCGCCCAAUCGUCCAUCCUCAUGCCAGCUCCAGCGAACACGGCAUCGACCGCAUUAGCGGUUUCGCACAAGGCUUCGCGACGGAAAAGCGGAAUCAGCUCAUCGCUCCGUCGCCAGUUGCAUAUCAAUGCGCUAUACGGGGAACCGAGCGUACGGAUCCAACUGGCCACGCGGAUGACAUUGCACAUGAGGAUGAAACUGCCCCACAGCCACGAAUUGCGCGAGCAGAACGUUAUCGUCACUGAAGUCUCACGACCGGACGACCCUUUGGAUGAACCUGAUCCUGGUGGUCUUGCGCGUGCUCCAACACAUACCGUCUCCAAGUCGGGAGUGUACCGAAUUGUUUGGACCCUGGCGAACAGCUACAACCCACCGAAAUCGUACCCGAAGUUUCUGCUGCAGACUCAACGAGUGCACGAAAUCCGGCCCAUUGUCAGUGGCGAUGGUACGGAAACGUGCGAGUAUUGGGACUGGGAAGCGCAGAAAGGGAUGCUGGCCAAAAGAAACAAGAAGGAGCAAGCCCAGUACAUGAAAGAAAGAAUGGCCGAGUGGGGCACUAGGUUGGGUGCGUUCUGCGAGAGCAUGGGCGGCGCGGUGGAAAGGAGGGAUUUUGUCAAUCCAUGA